AUGGCGGACUUGGCGAACGAAGACAAGCCUGCCAUAGCACCUCCUGUGUUUGUGUUUCAAAAAGACAAAACGGCACAGAAGCGAUCAGCUGAUGGCUCAAGUGCAGAAGAUGGAGAAGAUUCAGACAAAGAUGACGGAAGCUAUUGCCCUCCUGUGAAAAGGGAGAGGACCUCCUCGUUCCCGCCUCCGCACUCUGUUUCCAAGAACAAUGUAUUCAUGCCCUCGAGUUUCAGCCAGUCCCCGACUGGCAACUCUGACUCUGAGCCAGAGGAAAAGCCAACAGGAUUUAGACUAAAGCCCCCAACACUCAUUCACGGACAAGCCCCCAGUUCAGGCGUCCCGAGUCAGAAACCCAAGGAGCAGCAACGUAGUGUUCUCCGCCCUGCAGUCCUCCAAGCACCAGCUUCCAAAUCACACAUGGACUCAAAUUCCAGUUGUGGGACGAAUGGAGUAAAAAAGUCAGACGAGGCCUCUGAAACAUCCCUCUUUUUGAACAACACGGAGCACUUAAGCGACCAGACAAAGUCACUGAAACAUGAAAACGAAGACGGAGCAAGUAGUAACAACGAAGGGGGCGGAGCCGAAAAGGGCUCAGAUGUAGCAAUAUCUUUUGUGUUUGGGCAAAAUAUCAAAGACAGAGCUAAGCUCGAAGAAAACAGUACAGGAAAGUCAAAAGAUUCAUCAGACUCUGAGAGCACCAAUUAUUUUUUACAGUACAUCUCUACCCCAAGUUCAAAAAAUGCGGCAAACAGCCCAGAAAGUGGCACGAAAUUUGUUUUUGGACAGAACAUGUCCGAUAGAGUUUUGAGUCCACCAAAAGGAGAGUCUGCAGUAGAAGAAACGACGGAGAUUCCGGAGCCACCGCUCUCGGAGCCAUCGUCACAGGAAAACACGCCAGAGAAAGCAAACAACGCAUCAGAGUCGUUGGAGGAAUCUGCAGCAGCGUACACCAAAGCCACAGCCAAGAAGUGCGUCUUAGAGAAAGUGGAGGUCAAGACUGGAGAGGAAUCGGAAAGCAAUGUUUUACAGAUGCAGUGCAAGUUGUACGUCUUCGAGAAGACUGCGCAGACGUGGAUAGAGCGAGGCCGAGGGUUACUGCGGCUCAACGACAUGGCGUCAACGGAAGACGGCGCAUUACAGUCGCGUGUCGUGAUGAGGACACAAGGGAGUCUGCGGCUGAUCCUGAACACAAAGCUCUGGGCACAAAUGCAGGUGGACAAAGCAAGUGAGAAGAGCGUACGAAUCACUGCCAUGGACACGGAGGAUCAGGGAGUCAAGGUCUUUCUAAUAUCGGGCAGCUCUAAAGACAUCGGUCAGCUGGCGGCGGCGCUGCAUCACCGAAUCUUGGCUCUGAAGAGCAAAGCAGAGCAGGAGCCCGAGGUCCCGACUGUCACUGUCCCCGAGCCAGACAUCCCACAGUCCAGCGACGAGGAAGACUCCGCUAACACCACAGCCGCCUCCACCACGGCCACGAGUACUUCAGAAGGCGCCGAGGGCCAGGUGGCAGGGAGCACAUAG